AUGUCGACCUAUCUUGGCUCGGUAUCUAGCCUUCUUUGUGAGUUCAACGAAUUGCUUCCUCCCGUUGCCACUCCAAAUGCAGAACUUGACAAUCGUAAUAAGUUUUUCAUGUCCUUAGCUCUAUACGGUUUGCCCCCAGAAUAUUCUUAUGUUCUUGAUCAAAUCUUGGGGAGUCUCAUAGAAGCUACUAUGGAUAUGGCCCAAAGUUCUGUGUCUCCUUCAUCCACUUUUGCUCUGCCGUUUGCUCCGGAUCCACAUCCAUCACCUUCCUAUGACGAUUUCCUGAAAUGGUAUGACGAUCUUCAGGCCUCCAGUUCCACUGCUGCUGUUGCACACACUGGUAAUUCCUUCGUUGGUCUCUCUCACUCUUCAGGUCCUUGGGUCCUUGACUCUGGGGCCACUGAUCACAUCACUGGUAAUAAAUCCCUUUUUUCUUCUCUUUCUACUUCUGGUUAUUUACCUUCUGUUAUCAUGGAAAAUGGCUCUCAAACUCAGUCUCAAGGUGUUGGUGUUGUUCAUCCUCUUCCUUCUCUUUCUAUUAACAAUGACCAGAGUACGGGAAGGACGAUUGGCUCUAGAUGUGAGUCCCAUGGCCUCUAUCAGCUCAACAAGUCCUCUCUUAUUGGUUCAGCAGCAACGUUUCCACUUCUGAUUCAUGUGGACGCAGUUCAUGUUAGUGGCUCAAGAGAACAACGUUGUUGUUUUAAUAGUUGUGGUGGUGAUCCCAAAACAACACCUAGGGUGGGUGAGGAGUACCAGGCUGAACUUCCAUCUUUAAUGUCUAAGUCUGACUAUUGUUGGUCUCAAAACAACUCACAUGAUGCAAGAAGCUGCACCUCCAAUGAAGGGCGAAUCGGCUUACCAAUUCCUCUGUUUUGGACCAAAGAUGAAAAAGAGGAUAAUCAGCAUGAUCAACUUCAACAUGCAUGCACGUCAAAUGAUGUUGUCGGUGGAAGUACGUCGGUCAAUGAAACGCAUUUGGGAGCAUUGGAAAAUUCCAACGUUCCACAAGAAGCAAACGCUGAGGUGCAUGAGGAAAAUAAACGGAAACGGUACUAUCUAGCUCCCGGUUCUUCAAGUGACACUUGGACUGAAAAAGAAGAGGCCAGUUUUACUCUUGGUUUGUAUAUAUUUGGGAAGGUCUUUGAUAAACUGAAAACAUUCAUUGGCAAUAAAACAAUGGGGGAUAUAAUGGCAUUUUACUAUGGGAAAUUUUAUAAGUCUGGGAGAUAUCUUCGAUGGCAUGAAUGUAAGAAGAAAAUGAGAAGUAAAAAGUGCAUUUAUGGGCAAAAAAUUUUCGCAGGACCAAGACAACAGGAGCUUUUAUCUCGUUUGCUACCCAACGUGUCAGAGGAAUGCGCGCGAAAACUACUGAAGGUGUCCAUGACAUUUGUGGAGGGGAAAAUCUCUCUAGAAGAUUAUGUUUUAACUUUGAAGGCUGAAGUUGGGCUCGAUGCUCUUGUUGAGGCAGUUGGAGUUGGUACUGAAAAAGAUCUUACAGGUUUCCCUGCUGAUUCUGUGAAGUCCACUCAUGCACAUCCAAGUCGCUCUGAUGGCAAGAAUUAUGCCAAGCUUACACCUGCUGAAAUAAUAAAAUUUCUAACAGGCAAUUUCAGAGUGAGUAAAGCUCGAUCUCAUGAUCUCUUCUGGGAAGCUGUUUGGCCUCGUUUGCUUGCAAAAGGUUGGCAUUCUGAGCAGCCAGGUAGUCGUAAUACUUAUGCUGUUUCUAAUAAGCUGCCUCUACUCUUCUUUGUCCCUGAAGUUCAAAAUUUUUCAAGGAAACUAGUGAAGGGCUAUCACUAUUUUGAUUCUAUUAGUGAUGUCCUGCACAAAGUGGUUUCAUUUCCUGAGCUAAUUGAGAUUGAGACAGUAGCAAAUAAUGGCAACACAAGCAAGGAAGGAAAUGUGAGUACAGAAGAAGCAAAUUUGAACCAAGAAUGUUCCCCGGCUCAGCAGUGCCAUGGCCAUCUCAAGCUGCAAGCUCCAGAUUUCAAUACAGGUCUGAAGGAGUUCACUGUUGUGGACACAAGUUUGGGUAGUGAAAGGGUGAGAGAACUGAGAAGGUUGCCAGAGAGAGUAUUGAAGGCUUCUACUUUUGAAGAUGGUUCUCACAAAGAGAAUAAUUCAAAGGACAAAGCAAAGGAAUCUGGCUUUGCUGAUCGAUUGUGCUUGGGUAAGGGUAAGGCUAAAGUCCCCAUCGAAUUCCCCGUUGAUGAGGAAGACCAUUCUUACAUCAAUGUUACAGAAAAUAAUCCUUCAAAGGACGUGUUUUCAAUAAGAGGCAUUAUUUCUAGUUCUACUAAUCCAUCUCCUGUCUCCAAGGCCCAGAAGACAGACAUGUUGAGUAACAUUCAGAGAAGAGAUGCUAUGAAGCUCCAACCAUUACAGAAUGUGGCACCUGAUGGCAAAAAUGCUGUAGUUCCUCCUCUUACUAAAAGAAGGAGGAAAUCAAACACCCCUUGUCGUGCAGAGGGGAAUUUCUACAAUGCUAAACUCUUCAUUGUUCCAGAAGAGAGACAAGAGGUGGCAAGUCUCAGUGCUGACAAUUCAAAACCAAUUGAGAAUGCGGCUGCUAGCAACUUUGUGCCUCCCAGAGUGAACCAAGAGAAAGCCAAUUACAGCCUUUUGACUCCAAAAUCCAGUGAGAAUGCUGUUCCUCAGCAACCUCCAACUGAGGAGAAAAAAUUGCGAGCUCUUCUUCCACCCGAUGAGAACAAGACAUUAGCAAAUUCUCCUUCAAUUCCCAGCAGAGAAGUGGUUCUUUCUAAUAGCUCUUCUGGUAUUAAAGAUCAAUAUGUGAUACCCAAGCCAAGGCUCAUGAUUGACCUUAACAUACCUGUUUCAAUGGAAGAUGAAAAUGAUGAACCUUGUGUAAAUGAAGUGGCUGAGAGGCAGCAAAACAAUGCAGAAAAUGAAUCAGAUGAUUCUAGUGUUGAAACAAUCUCUGAAGAUUUGAAUCAACCUGAGCCUCAGCCUGACGUGAACACUAGGAGGAAGAGCACAAGAACCCCAACACCAACACUAAGGUGGCUGGAAUCUAUAGCCUCAGAAGAUCAUCUAGAGAAAAAGGAGAAGCGGAAGGUAAGGGAGGCCUUGAAACCUCUCCGAUGCACGCGUCCUAAACUGGAUGGAGAGACUUCUGGUAAAGAUGAGGCAAAUUUCGGAAAUGUGGAAAGAGCAAAUGAUGCAGGUGGCGGCAGUGGCAGUGAUAACAAUGGUAAUUGA